AUGACCUCCAUAUCUUCAGCGACAGCCCACCUCGUCGAAACUGCCGAAAUCCUGUUCAUCAAGGCGCAAAUUCAAGCUGUGCAAGCACUCUUCCCAUCUCAAAGAUCCAUAGCAGAGCCUAUCGGUGGAGGUGUAGCAGCUGUCACAAAGCCAUCUUUUGGGCGGAAACUGAAUCAUGUUGCUGGGUUUGGGAUGAACGGACCUGUCUCUGAGAAGGAUCUCGAGGCUGUCGAACGCCUUUACAGGGGGAUUGGGCUAUCCCCGGAGAUUAACCUCUGUCCGUUUGCACAUCACAGUGCACGAGAGGCUUUGGAUAAGAGAGGAUGGACGGUCUGUGCGGAGAUGAAUGCUUAUAUCUUGCCUUUACGAGAGUAUGAAGACAAUGGAAACGCUGAGGAAAUACACAUAACCCACGUCUCGGCCGAAGAGUAUCCCAUCUUCAUUGAAACAUCUGUCACCGGGUUCGGAAACAACUCUACAUCUGAUCAACUCGAUCUGUUCCAUACUCUAGCCAGCGCUGCCACCCGCCGUGGAGAUACGCGACUCUACCUCGCUCGGAUAAGUGGACAGAUUGCCGGGGCUGCAGGAAUGGCGCUGAUCACCACGCCUCUAGGUCGAGUUGCCGAGUUAUAUAUUGACAGUACAGUCCCUGAGUACCGGGGUCAGGGCGUGCAGACAGCGUUAUUAAGAGCGAGACUCGACGAGGCGAAGAAGGAGGGAAUUGACGUUGCUACUGUUACUACAUGGCCGACGGGAACGAGUGCGAGGAAUGUUGAACGGGCUGGGUUUGAGCUGGGAUAUCGGAAGGAUGUAUUUACUACUAGACAGGGAUAA